AUUAUAAAUGUGUGUAAAAACGAAAUAUUUUAACUCAUAUUUUUUCAUCACACAAUUAUGAGUAAAGCUCAAAAGGAAUACCCCUCUUGCCCACUUUAAAAGACCAUUUCCGAACGUUAUUUUUGGUCUAUGCUGGCAAUUCCGUAGAGCCUGCGCCCUUUUGUCGGUGGUGGAAACAACAAAAGGACAAUAAAUAACAAGACAAACUGGAAUGGGCCACAACACAACAAUUGUCGCUCGCCGCAUAUAGCGGCAUCGAUUUUGAAGGGGAACACAUCCACAGACACAACUAUAUCAGAAGGACACCCACGGGGAUUUGUGAGUGGUAGGAUCAAGGAGCAGCGAAGGGAAAGUGAAGGGCAGAACGAGUCCAGCUCGUUUUCCAGAUCCAGUUUUGAUGUCCUCUGAUAGGCACUACUACUUCGGAGCGGAUCUGGAGGACAAUGAGGGUGCCAUCUGCAAGGACAACGUCAACAACAACGAACCGGAAGUGGAUAAAGACGACCCGGACGACUCGGAGUUCCUGCAGGACGUCCCCUACUCCUCAAGCAGCAUUGACCGCAGUUCGGUGGGUUCCAUUCCGUGGGCGGACGACGCCAUUAAGAAGAACCUGCUGGACUGGGAGCGGGUGGAGCGGCUAAUGAGUGGUGAGGAUCAUCUGACGGAUCUUCAGGAGCCGGAGUUGCGUAACGAGAUUGCCGAUUGGCAUCGCAAGUUUCCCAGUCUGCUGGACCGAAGAACUCGUGCACUGCGACACCACAGCUUUGAUAGUCAGACAAGGGAGGACAUUGACUCGAUUUCAAAUCUCAGCCUAAAUUCUCUAGACGAUGAGGAUGAAGAGGCGGAAGAUGGCUUUCUCACACCCAAGGCAGAAGAACCACAUCAGCCUCACCAUCGCCCCUAUUUGCGCCCUAGCCAGAAAAAGUUGGUGGAUCUUCUAGACAGGGAUCUGCGGGUCACAUCCGUUUCGGUGAAGCUACUCAAGCGCCAGCGCAGCCAACAAUACCAACCUCAGCUACCCAUCUCGGCGACCACCCAAUCCUCGGCCCGCCUGCGCAUGCCGCCUAUCCUAAACGUGCUGGACACCAACCGGCGAUUUCGAGGUUUGCUGAACAAUCGAAGCUUCGUCCAACUAACUCAGGUGCAGCAGAAGGAGCAGCUGCAGCAUCAAAACCAGGCCAAGUCCGCAGUGUUGCCGCAUCAGAGCCAUAGAUCCUCCGCCUGGCACAUGCCCAUGGCCGCCAGUCGCUUUUUUAACAACAAGAACUCGGUGGUUCUGCCCUCACUGAAUCUGGGCAGACACAGCAGGGAUUUGCUGGCCACAACCACGACCACUUCGAGCCAGAGCAACUCGAGCGGCGGCGGCGGGCACAACAGUCAUGGCCACAGCAAUAGUUCCUCCAACCGCUCUACGAUGCAUCCGUUUGGAGCGACCAGCGUUUCAAGCAACACACCAUCCACGGGGCGGUCCAUCUCAGCGGCCGUGCAUCAUCCGCGAUCCGAAUUCGCACCCAGCAGCGCCUUUUACAUACCCUACAGUGCCUCGAAAUUUAAAUCCUUCAAGUAACCUCAAACAAUAAAACUGAACUCAAAGAAGAAAAAUAAAAGUUAUUUUGGAAGGGGAUUAAGGAAGGGAUUCUACAAUUUGGGUAUUUUAAUUUCUUUUGUUUUAUAGAUAAACCACUUUUAAUAUCUAAUAUAUAAUUUCUUUUUAUGGUUACACUUAAAAACCUUUCCAAUGAAUACCGCAUUCAAAAA